AUGAGUGAGAGACUGAGACGCUUCUCUUCUUCACCAUCACCUCCUACACACACACUAUCUUCUUCUUCUUCUUCUUCUGCGAGUCAACCCUCAAAUUCUUCACCCAUUGAUCACUCUUACAUCGCUCGCAUACUUUCCAGAACCGAUUGGGCUUUGUUGCUCAAACACGAAUUCUCCAAAAACAAGGUAUCUUUGCUCAACCCUCGUUUUGUUGUAAGCAUUUUUCAAAACAAAUAUAAUCCUUUACACUCCAUACGGUUCUACACGUGGGUUUCUGCUGCAAACCCCUCUUUGGCAAAUAAUCAAACACUUCAUAGGGUAUUAGGGAACACUCUUUAUAGGACUGGCCCUGUUGUUUUGUCUGCUGAUUUGAUUAAGGAUGUUUCUGAUUCCGGUUUUCGGGUGUCCGAGGAAUUGUUGUGUGUCUUGUUUUGGAGUUGGGAUAGGCUUGGUUUGGCCAUAUAUUGUGGUGAUGUUUUUGGGCAAAUUUCAUUCUUGGGGAUUAGCCCUAGAACUAUGUUGUAUAAUGCACUAAUUGAUGCAUUGGUGAAGUCGAAUUCGAUUUAUCAGGCUUAUUUGAGGUUCCAGCAGAUGUUGGCGGAUAAUUGCACCCCGGAUCGGAUCACCUACAAUAUCCUCAUUCAUGGUGUAUGCCAGAAGGGGGUGGUGGACGAGGCGCUUUGA